CUGGACGGAAGUCGUGUCCUCUGUGUCCUGAGGAGAAAUUUAAAGCUUGUUACAGCCACAAGCUGCGCCGACACCUGCAGAACCUCCACUGGAAGGUUUACGUGGAGUUUGAAGGACACAAGAUGUGCAUCUGCCACCUGCCCUGCAGAACCCUGAAGGCCGGCCUCAGCGGAGACCAGGCGUCGGGGAGACACAUGCCCCACUACCACUGCGUGGUGUGUUCCGUCACCAUCGCCCGCAAGACCGACAUGGUGAGCCACCUCAAACGCCACGUCAACAAGGGCGAGACCGAGGCCAGCUACUCCGGGGGCUCCGACGUCCCGUUUGAAGAGCCCACUCCGUCGGGUCAGGCCUACGAGAUCAUGAAGGAACUGGGAACCAACGUCCAGCUGCUGCCCAACUACACCACCCCGCAGAAGAGUGACACCUACUUCAACCGCAAGAUGAAGACCAACAG